GUUUUAUGGGGCAACAGGGUGGUGGUCCCUGACAAGCUCAGGAACAGAGUUCUAGAAUCUCUGCACGAGGGGCACCCUGGAAUGGUGCACACCAAAGCGUUGGCCAGGGGGUAUGUCUGGUGGCCUGGGCUGGAUAAAGAGAUUGAGGAUUGGGUUCGCGUGUGUUCCCAGUGUCAGCAAGUCAGGCCGGAACCCCCACAAGCUCCGCCUCAGAGGUGGGAGUCUUCAGGGAAACCCUGGGCCAGAUUGCAUCUGGAUUUCGCUGGCCCGUUCCAGGGGAACAUGUUUCUCAUAGUAGUGGAUGCAAUGUCUAAAUGGUUAGAGGUUGUGCGCAUGAAAACAACCACUUCACUAGCCGUGAUCCAUGCGCUCCGCCAUCUUUUCGCCACGCACGGGUUGCCUGACGUCCUCGUCAGUGACAACGGGCCUCAAUUUGUCUCUGAGGAGUUUAAGCAGUUCCUCACGAGUAAUGGCAUCCGCCAAAUGACUUCGGCCCCCUUCCAUCCGGCAUCUAAUGGCCAGGCCGAACGGAUGGUAAGGACGGCAAAAGAGGCCCUAGGGAAAAUGAACGAAGGUGACUGGAGCCAAAGGCUGGGUGCUUUCCUCUUGCGGCAGCAUACCACCCCUUGCAGUUCUACAGGCCGUAGUCCGGCCGAAUUGUUAAUGGGACGCAGACUCACAACCUGCUUAAACAGGUUACAUCCGGAUCUAACUGACGAUCACUCCGAGCGUACAGAACCGCAACCGAAGGUGCGC